UUCAUGCGAGAUGUUUACAUGAAUAAGAAAAUGGGUCGUUAUUUUAAUUUUCUUUCAAAAAGAAAAGGCUAUUUGUAUUGUUCUAGGAAAUUUGGAUCGGUCUAAAAUUACGAAAUUCGUGUAUAGUGUAGUUAUUGUUUAUAGUAUUUAAGAUAUAUAAAGACAGGGGUCAGGAUACUUAGUUACAAGUACAUUUUUUUGUACCUCAAUUACACUCUUCCGGAUUAGGAAGUACGUAAAGAAAAUAUUUACGAAACAUUUUUGUACAUAUCAAAUCAGUGAUUUAUUUUAUUGUAAGGAUUAAGGAUGAAAUAUUCAUUGACACCGGAUGAAAUGAGGAGCAACAUGUCGAGUUGGUCAUUGAAAGGAUUUGAAGAUUUUAGUGCAGAAUCAAUUUGCAGGAGUUCAGACUUUGUGACACGAAAUUUGGUAACGCCGGCAGUAGAAGCCACAGUGCGUCUUUUCCUGAAGAACUGUACACCGGAGUCGGAGCCAAUACUUGCACCAGACUGGUCCUUGUGCACGCCGGAACAUGACUUCGAUUGUAAAAGUAUACUUUCGUACACAAGCCUGUGUAAAUCUUAUCGUGAAUCUUCAAGUUGUGUCUAUUCUACAACCACAAUGAAGUCUACCUCCAUGGAACAAUUGAUGAAUGACACUACAGGUGUCCUAAUACUCGUGGGGCUCGUGUUUAUAGGAAUCUUACUGGGCGUGGCUUCAACAAUUGCAGUGUGUUUAAUUUGGCCGCAGACUCAUAGAUGGGCGAACUCGAAAUUACGGAACACGGAAGAUUACGAGAAGAAAUUUAGACAAUCUGUCACCAGUGAUUAUUAUACAGCCAUUGACAACAACAUCGCAUUGCAGAUACGGCCGCCGCCACAUACGCCUGUUUUAACUUCAUCAUCGUCGGGAGACAAAAGCCAACCUCUCACGCGUCUAUCAGCAAACCGUGAUUUUGAGGACACUAACUACACUGAUCCAGCAGCGAUAGAGACACGUACACCGUACUCUGGUGUACAACCAGGAACAUCGGAAGAGUUUCCCGAGAUAAAUGAAGCCGACGAGACUUAUGAACCCCUAAGUAGAAAUAAUACCCACAAUCAGAGUCACAAUUACGCGCAUAUUGACCAAAAAUCACCAACCUCGCCGACUAGUGAACAUUCAUACUUUGUCUUGGAGAAACCCACUUGAGAAAUCACUAAUUUAGAUCACUGACUAUUUGAGAGUAUUUAUGUACCAAAUAUUUGACAGGGUAUAGGACAAUUUAAAGGGCUUUGAAAGUAAAUACAUGUACUUCGAAACUUGUGCUUUGAACGGAUAUCUUUGAAACAUUGGUAUUAGAAGUUUACGAAAAAAAGUGAUUGCGUAUAUUAAUAUCAGCUAUUACUUGAGCUUAAGUAUUCAUUAGUAUAAUUAAAAUGAGUUUGUGUCCCAUUGAGACUUCUUAUUGUGCAUAACAAAGUAUUAUAUCAGAGAACUAAAUUGGCAUACACGAUGUUCAGUUCAAUGUCAUAAAUAAAAUGAUACAUAUAAUUAAGAGCUAUACAAGCUUGGUUUUUGUAUCUUUUAUACAAAUAGUAAAAUAAUUCUGAAAUAUAUUUGGUUAAUUGUAAGAAACAUACCCCGUCACUCGUACCGUGUGUAUUUGGUUUUGCCACGACAUGGGUUUUCAGUACUACAUGUAAUUACAUUACCGUGGAAUUUUUAUUAUUGCGUCUUAAGAUUGCCCGCAUAACGAGACAUUCUUAACACCGCACUGAUUACUCUUAAGCCCCUAUCUGAAAUAUGGCGGAAAUAACUGAACAGUUACGAAUACAAUGUCAGACAGUAAUUAUAUAUGUGUUGACAGUUUAUGAAUGUUAAACUUAAACCGAAGGUGUAAAAAUAUAAUGAUUAUUGUGUUUUCUUCAACAUGCAACAUGAAAAUUGUAUAAUAUAUUAUAUGUAUUUAUGAAAAAAUGACAGAAAUCGGGUAAUUGAUUGCAAAUUGGAUAUUAUUCACUCCUUUUUAGUUAUACUUUUUUAUGAAAAUUGUACAUUAAUUUUGUUAUUUUAUCUGAUGAAUAAACGCAUAAUAAGUA